GGCAUUACUGAGAGUGUUUUUCAGAUCUGUGGUUCUCACUUCAAUUGAAAAAAAUGGAGCUUAGCUUUGUUGGGUUGCUGAGAGCCUUUUGGGUGGCCACGAUUUUGCCCAUUUUAAUAGCUUCAAUGCCCAGUUCUAGACUCAGUUCCUUUCAUGGUGCCGUUAUGGGGUUCGCCAAGAGAGGGAAGAUCAUGCAGUCGCCUUCAAGUAAAUUCACCGUUCCUCAGAAAUUCUUCUGUCAUUUCUAUGUGUUUGCUGUUGUUUGGACCACAAUUUUGCUGCUUCCAACAUGGAUAUAUGCAUACAGAAUGGUCCCCGUGGAGCAGGAAUACAGGGUAUGGAGUUAUGUGUUUCUGCUCUUGUUAAUGGAAAUUCAAGUCUGCAGACGUGCCUUUGAGUCAUUUUAUGUCUUCAAGUAUAGCCCAUCUGCUAGGUUGCACAUUUUGGGUUAUCUAAUUGGCAUCUUGUGAGUUUCUUCAUUAUCUUCUCAAUCAUGCCGUUUAGAAUUUGAUUCUUUAGCAUAUUUUGAUGGACUGAGUGACAAUCUGCAUUAUUUCCAUUUUGUAAAGAUAUGGGAUUCUAACUAUUGUCUUUGAUAUACUGAAGAAUAUGCCAAAUUUAUUAUACUGCUCCCUUUGGUUCUGCUUUCUUUGGCUGUUAUGAAGAUGUUGCAUUGAUUUGCUUUUUCCCUGAAUUUUUUGGGGAUUAGUUACUACAUCGCAGCACCACUAUCACUUUGCUGUAAUUGUUUACCGGAGGUGUUCAGAUUUACAGUCAAUCAGAUGACUGA